ACUUUGAAAGCUUCCAAUUAUAGGAAUCACAGUUGGCAUCUCAUAUCCCUAACAUAAAAGGUAUGAACUCACUUGCUGCCUGGAAUAGAUUUCAAUAUUACAAUCUCUUCCAUUUGAGCUAACUAAAUUAAUGAUGGAUCUAAAUGAGCGCGUGCAGCAGAAUUUGCCUGCCCCGUUGGCGGCGUGGCAGGCACUGUUGCUCUGGCACAAUUGGCGCAAGACGGGGCUGCUGUUCAUUAUGGUGUUGACGCUGCUGCUGGACAUGGCCACUAAUCCGGUCAUCAGCGUGGUAAGCGUAGCAGGUGCUAUAACCAUAUCGCUGACCAUUUCCUACUCCUGCUACGUGUGGGGCAUGCGGAAGCUGCGCAAGAGCUGUGUCGUGGAGCAUCCGCUGAAGCAAUAUCUCGAAAUGGACGUCACCAUUUCAGCGAAGACAACCGAGCAGCUGGCUCAUAUGUUAGUCUCAAAGCUAAAUCCAAUACUCUUGCGCUGCCGAUCCCUGUUCCUCGUCGAGGAUAUGCUUGAUUCGCUCAAAUUGUUGCUGAUCUUCUGCGGUCUCAACAUUGUGGGCGACUAUAUCAACGGAAUGACUCUCCUAUUAGUGGUUUUCUUGCUGCUCUUCACCUUGCCCAAGCUGUACGUGUGGAAGAGGAAGACCAUCAACAGCCGUCUUGAACAAUUGCAACUAUUGAAGGCCCAGCUGUUGACUUCCAAGGCCAAGAUCUCUGCCGUCCCAACUGUUGCAGUGGAUCCCCAAGUUGUCGAAACAGACCUGAAGAAGCUCAAUUACGCAGAGAACGAUAUGGACAAUGACAAUGAACAAUACGUUACUUACGAACAGACUAGUACGCCGGACUGCACAUCAGACUACAACUGGCAGGAGAAGAACAUCCCCAACGAGGGUGUUCAGCAUACAAAGCAGCUCUAAUUAAUUGUUUAAUAGUUAAGCGUUUCUUUACCUGAGGAUCUCUAUACGUAGAUGAACGAAAUAAACUUAAAUUCUACGUGAAAGCCUCAACACUGCCGUCUCACAAUUCAUUACAAAACGGGGGGAAAUAUAGGAUGUAGACCAUAGCACAUAGAACAGAGAAUAGAGAAG